UUUAGCGGUCAGUUGAAGUGUUAGUAAUAGGCGGAGAGGUCUGUGAUGGUUGUGGCUGCUCGGGGAGCAGACACUUCUGUCUGUAUUUCUGCGCGAUUGUGAUGUUUUGACCGCGCGGAGGGGAUUAUUUUUACGCACGUCACACAGAGCGCAGUUUUGGGUGAUGCGUCUUGUGAGGACCACUGAAGCACGGUGCGGACGCUCAGCUGGAUAAACCCUACAUUUCGGGGAGUAACGGUUAUUUGCGCAUCUUGUUUUAGUUACGUUGUAUUAGUGCACAGAGGAAUACUGACUGCUCCAGAGAAAGGUCUGCGACAAAACUGGGAAGACCCUGAAUCCAGGGUGUACUUGUCAUGUCCAUUUUGCCUCAGAGGACAACAGACACGGGCUGAGUGAAGAACUAUUUUGAUUUUGUGAAUGAGGAGACAUUGCGCGAGGAGCCGAGCCACGUUCGAAAUGUGAAGUCCAAAAUCUGCAACGUCUCUAAGCCACGUCCAUUCUACAUUUGAUUUGUUUACAUCGAUUAAGAAAUGGCGAUCCUGCCCGUCCUCCUCCUGCUGACACUCUCCAUUGCACAGCCUGGCUCCAGUCAAGAGUUGAUGGGCCCAGAGCAGGGGGCUGUCCCCAGAGGAUGUGGGUGGGGCAUUGUGCGCCCAUACACACUACUCUGUGACCUGGACUCUGUUUGGGGCGUGGCCGUGGAAUCGGUAGCCGCUGGAGGAGUUCUGGCCUCCAUCUUUCUCGCCCUGGUUCUCCUUUGUCGCCUCCGUCACAUCAGUGAGGGGGAGAAGCGAAGUGGCGUGGGCCCCAUACUUCUGCUCCUUCUUGGCAUCAUAGGUCUGUUUGGCCUAAGUUUUGCAUACCUUAUUGAGCAGGACGAGUCGCUCUGUCUCCUGCGGAGGGCGCUAUGGGGUGUGUUGUUCGCCCUGUGUUUCUCUUGUCUGCUGGUGCAGGGUGUGCGUCUGCGCAGGCUGGGGCGUGAACGGCGUAGCCCAGGUGGGUGUGCCCUCACCGGGCUGGCCCUGGGGCUGAGUGCAGUGCAGGGGAUCAUCGCAGCUGAGUGGCUGCUGCUGACCGUGCUCAGAGAGGGCCGGGCCGCCUGCCAGUACCUGCCUCUGGACUUCUCUCUGGCCUGUAGCUACGUCCUGGCCCUACUGUUAGCCGCACUGACCGCUGCCUCUCUGGCGCUCUGUGGGAAAACUCGACAGUGGCGCUGUAACGCCAUCUGGCUGCUGGUGACCUGUGUGCUGUCACUGCUGCUGUGGGUGGCCUGGGUGGGCUUCUAUCUGUAUGGGAACGACUGGCUGGGACGCUCUCCCGAGUGGAACGACCCCACACUGGCCAUCGCUCUAGUGGCUCAAGGCUGGUUCUUGCUUAUCUUCCAUGCCAUCCCUGAGUCCCACCUGUGCUUGAGACCCCCACCACAGCCCACCGCUCCCGACUACUUCGACACGUCUCAGAACUCCACCAGGAUGAGGGAGACCAGCUUUGAUGAUGAGAUCCCACUUUCCCACAGGCAGUUUGUGGAGAACCAGGGCUAUGGAUACACUGAUGAGAAUGCAGCAGGCUUGAGGAGUGGCAGCAGUGCCGGGCAGCACAACAGCAGCGGGGGAGCCCGGCCCAGCGCUCCGUUCCGCAGUAACGUGUACCAGCCCACAGAGAUGACCAUGAUCCUAAACGGGGGCGCGGUGCCCUCAGCCCCUCCCACCUACACCGGCCGACAGCUGUGGUAAAGGAUCAUAUUUUGAGAAGAUGAUAUGUUGAGGAGGAUGAAAACAGUGAGGAGUGUUGAGAGAUGUGUUGGACUUAAAAAAACAAACAAAAAACGUUGUCACCAAGUGGGCAAAUUCACUUUGUACAGACUUAAUAACUGUCUGUGUGCCAAUCAACUUGUAUUGUUUAAGUGUGUAUGGGACUCAGAGACAGUGGGCAAUGGAGGGCUGAGCUACAACGUUUUAGAGGAAAGUUAAAACUAAAGUUAUGAACAAAAAUGCAAAAAACUAAUAAUCUGAUUCAUAUUAAAGCUGUCAAGGUGUUGUAGCAUUAUUCUCCAAAGAGCAGCACUAAAACAACAGAAAAAUCGUUCCAGUUUUCCGGCCAGUCAGACUGUCUCUUUGCUAAGAUGGAAAACCUUUGGCUCUGUCCUCCAUCUAUCCACACAGAAGAGCACAUGGGCAUCUGUACAGCAUAAGUACCGCCCUAUAUUAAAAUAGAGUGUAUACAACAUCAUCUCAACUCCAGUCUGCCCUAUCCCUCCGAACACUCGCAUUUCUCACUCUUAUUUACCCGCAUGGAACUCAAAACUGUGAAGUCCACCUGACCACAGCACGGAGCCAGUGCAUAAGGACGUUGACGCUGCUAACAGACUUGUUAAAUACAGGAAGAUUCUGAAGGACUGUGAUUGGGCAGUUGGGACGUCAGUUAUCGGCGAAUCUAGGUCACACUGCUGUGCUCUCCGGUGGGCAAAUGUCACUUUAAAUCAGCAGGAAAAGAAGAGAGGAAAUGCAACGGCUUCCUUCGUCUGUUUUGUAUGUUCGGACAUUUAAAAGACAUUCAGAUAACAGGGUUGCUAACUGGUGCUAAAUACCCCAUAGCAUAUUACAGCUCUGCACAACUUCCCAGUGAAAAAAAUUACAUUAUUGUGUGCAAGACAUAUAAGCUUGUGCGAUGAUAGACUCAAAGAUGGUCUAUAGGGGACACUCCAAUCCUACAGUAACAAGAUGGCGCCCGGUUCGUCUGUUUUGGGGGCGGCGGCCAUGCUGUCGUGUCUAUCUGGUAGAGCGUCCAGGAAGUCAGUGUGCCAAGAAAGGACUCACGUUUCUCAGAGUCUACAUUUCACACUUCUGUCACCACAGGCUCUGUACAUAGUAUGGUGUAAGCUUGUUUACUUUGAUUUAGUUUAGUCCUACUGAAGAACUGACGACUUUUUUUUAAGUUGAUUUGCCUUGUGUUCCAACAUUUGAUUUUUGUUCAAUUAAGCUUUUUUCAGAUUUAUUUUUUAUGAUUAGCUAUUUCUUAAUGUUUUGCCAAUACUAGACAUGCUUUGAUUUUUGUU